AUGCACAUGCCUUUUGUUGUUUCUCAAGAGAUCGAAAUCAUACUAUUCCUGACCGUUGACUUGGUUUGCCUGGGCUGCGCAGAAUACUUGGCUGCGCCAUUAUCCACGCAGUCACUAUGA